UAGAGCUGAAGGGUCUAACCCACUGGAGGACACAGAGGUGUAAGCGGGAAAGUGUGCAGGUUGGGUUUAAAUACGUGUUUUGGCCAUUGUCUUUAUUCAACCCCAAAUGCACAGACAUUUUGAUCAACUGCAAUUCGCCUCUCAUGGUGGAGAUUUAAUUUAAUUUGCACUGUGGUAAGAUGUCUCCCCUUUUUAUUAUGGUCACUCCUAUCCCACGGCCCCUCUGGAAUUCCAAGCAGCCUGUUAAACUUGUGGAACUCCCUGCUGCUAGAUUCCCCCUGCCCUCACAGGCAGAGCCCGAUUUAGGUUUGAUGUGGCCCUCAGCUCCUGAAGGGAAUGGGGCCCUUGAUGUGUCCAACUGUCCUUUGCCAAUGACAAAUCGUUGCUGUUUUUGGUGUUGAAUAUAUGCUAGAUGGUAAUUGAUGGACCUCAUAGGUAUCUGAAGCCAUUUGCCCAUGUUGCCCUGCAACCAGUCCAUGCAGAAUGUAGGCACCCUAUAUAUAGAAAGGAGCAAAGCAGGGAUAUUUUAGGGAGUAGGCAAGCAGGCGGAGCCCAUGACUUACAUCAUAGGAGCCUACAAAAUACAAAAUAAUAAUAAUAAAAUAAAAUUUUAUUUAUAUCCCGCCCUCCCCAGCUGAAGCCGGGCUCAGAGCGGUUGGUGUAUGUAGGUUUUAUUUUAUUUGUUUUUUAUCUUCUGUUUUGGAAAUGUACAUCCAGGUUUUUUCCUCCCUUUAAAUUUUUUUGGGGCCCCCAAGAGAAUGGGGCCCUAAGCUAGAGCUUGUUUAGCUUAUAUGUAAAUCCAGCACUGCUCACAGGGCUCCAAAGAACCCAGGCGUCCGGGUGGCGUAGGCGCUGGACUUGAGACCUAGGAGGGAGGCUGCGGCGCCACCUGGAGGCCGAAGCGAAGCAGCGCCGCUGGAGCGCAAGGGGCGGCACCUGGACCUUGCCAGGUGAGGGUCUCUCCCCGGCCAAUGAGAGGGCCUGCUUCCCGACCAGCCCACCAAUGGGCGCGGAGCUGGCCCCCGCCGCUGCUGGGAACGCCGAUCUCCGGGGAUCGCCGGGGAUCAGAAGCCAGAAACGUGCCGCGUUUUCUAUUGGCGAUUCCGCAGCUCCGCAAAGGCUCCGCUCGGCAGCCCCGGCCAGGUGAGCGGCCCCGGCCAGGGAGACCAUGGCGCCCAGCAGCUUGAGAUGCCAGCGCCUCGAGCCGGACGGGGCUUCUGCCAGGAGCCAGCGCCGCUGCUGCCGCAUCCCAGACCACAAGCGCUGCUCUUUCCUGCGCGCGGCACAGGGGAAAUACGCCACGCUGAUCACGCCCUACGUGAGAGACUUGCACAAGAGCGUCCUCCUCAAGAACACCAUCCUGCACCUCCAAGACCCCGGCCGAGGGAGCCAGGAAACGGGCCUCGGGCUGGCAGCACCCCAGGGUGCCCCACCUUGGCAAGAGACAAGCCAGGGUCCCCCAGCAGAGAGCGAAGGCGCAGUGUCUCUGCCAGCGCAGCCAGCAGAAGAGCCUCUGAGUGCUGUGGGCAAUGGCCAGGUGAGAGCAGCUGACAUGGGCAUCAGCAUGUGGGCACUGCCUGCCUUCUCCAGCCCCUGCCAAGAUGCAGGACAAGUGGCCAGUGAAGACAGCCUGCCUGACCCGCUCCUGGAUUCCUUUCUCUGCACUGCUGGUGAAGUCCUGUAUUUUUGGGAGAGUCUGCAGCAACAGGAAUGUGGCAGUGGCCCCUGCCCGUCUCUGGCUGGCCCCAGAACCGAUUCCCCCUGGCCCUCUGAAAGUGCAGCUGCCAGCCCAGGGCAGGAGGCUGGUUCCUGGGGUACCCUCUGCCCUGAGGAGCAGCCCCGUGACCCCUCGUUUGACAGCUUUGAGGUCUUGGCCUCCAGCUACGCGAGCGACAUCCCUGCAGAUGAUUUCUUUGCAGACAUCGACAUGUCAGAGUUUGAGAGCGUUCUGUUGGGUUCGCCGAGCAACGGGCAGCCCACAGUUAUCGACAUGGCAGGCCAGGCUGCUGCUGAGAUUGCCCCCCAGGCUGAAGCACCCCCUCUUCCCGGUCAGGAUGCAAGCAGCAGGAUGGGGAGCCUCGACCAUUACGUGGAGCUCCUUCUGCGCUCCUGAAAUGCUCCACUCCGGAUCCCUUGGAUUUCAAGGUUCUGCCGUCAUUAAAGUUUACAGGUCAAUUGACCAUGACUUGCCAAAGAAAAGGGACCGUGGGUUUUGCAGGACUAAAUCAACCAGCUUUAAACCUUGCAAUACCGGCAUUUUUCAUUCUACUUGAAAGGGUGCAAACAAGUGACUAAACUCUCAUUUGCUGCAAGUGCAAUAAAUCCUGUCUAUUAGAGUAGUGGAAAUGUUUGUCAUUGGCUCUGGGAAUGUCCUCAGCACCCCCAGGCCUGAGAGUUAACUCUUUAUGGACAAAGUGUGCCCUUUCAGCAGGUCUGAGCCCUGCGAGGUGGUAGCAG